GUCAUAGUGUGUUUUUUUCCCCUUAUGUUUCUCAAAAGACUGCCAGUGACUCCACAGCGUGGCAGUUUGUUGCUAGUGAGGCAGGCGACAACAUUCUCAUUUCAUUAAUAAGGAUUAUUAUAAUUUAGUUCAAACGUUACAUGAUAUUUUUUUCCAUCUACUCAUCAAACCGCUAUUAUUGAAUGAACUACAAUACUUUUUAUGGCUUUAUAAAUUCGAUUUUAUUGACUAAAAAUAACACGAUUGCCUUAUUAUUUAAAGCUAGACAUAGAUCUAGAUCUACAUUGUUGCCAAUUAGGUUUGGCUCUAGAACACAUAUUUCUGGCAGUGAAUUGUUCAGCCACUCUCUCCCAAUUGUUGUAGUUUAAACAAGGACAAUGUUGACCUGCGUUUCUAUUUUAAUUCCUAACAGCUAAGUACGUAGCCCUAUUGUUUGGUUUGUGUUUUAUGGUCGUAAGUUCCUGUCUCAGCUGUGAGUGAAAGACAGCAGUGGAUGUGUUGUACAGUGUUCUUAAAUUACUAGGACAUUUCAGUGUGAUAGGCACUCUGUUUGCUUCAUUUUUCAAGUAGAUCCUCAGAAAUUGUAGCUGUCCAAGAAAAUGUUUGGAAUAAGCUUGAGAAAGACGAGACUGACUUUUAUUAUAGGCGUCAUCUUGAUAGUCAACAUUUUCUGCCUUCUGUCCAUUUCUCUUCAGAAUGUCAUGACAUGGCGCUAUAGCAGUUCCCAGCUGUAUCUCACUGCUAUGAGCCGAGAUGAAAGCAUCUUCAAUACGACACUGAACCCAGCGGUACAGCUGAAGCUUCAGAACAUGAAGAAUGACUUGAACGAUUCCAAAUUUACCAAUGGCGACAUGUUCCCCGCCCAUAGAAUAGGCGGCUACAUCAUGAUCGACCCGGAUCUCUGCCGGAGGUCAGAUGUGCUGGACAUCAUUGUGGUCGUACAUACGGCUCCGGCCAACCUGGCGAGGCGGCAGAGGAUCCGUGACACAUUCGGGAAUGAGGCUAACUUUCUUCCUUUUCACGUCCGGGUUGCAUUUCUGCUGGGUAGGACUGAGAAUCGCACGUUGGAAAGAAUGCUGUGGUUUGAACACGCCACUUACAACGACACCGUCAUGGGCGACUUCCUGGACGACUACCACAACCUCUCUUUGAAAGGGGUCAUGGGAUACCGCUGGGCCAGCCAGUACUGCGUCAAUUCAAAAUUCGUGCUAAAAAUAGACGAUGACGUGAUCAUUAACAUGUAUAAGCUGCUCUACUCUUUCUACAGUCACAUGAGCGGCAAAAGGAAGUCGAUCUUCUGCAACCUGUGGUACAAAAACACCAUGCCCAUACUCCGUACGGGUAAAUGGAAAGUCGAGCCGCACGUCUUCUCCAAGCACAAGACCUACCCUUAUGACUACUGCAGUGGCUUCGUGGUUAUCAUGACAACGGACCUGAUGGGCCCAAUGUACCAGGCGGCAAUGACCACGCCUUUCUUCUGGAUAGACGACGUGUAUCUGUUUGGCAUGCUACCCAACGUUGUGGGUGGAGUCACCUAUUAUAACUACGCCCUUGACAAGAAUAUGACCCUGAAGGAGAACCUGGCAACAGAAUGCACCAAAACACAAGGACCCCGUUGCCCUAUUUUCGCAUCCAUUGUAAACGAUAAAAACUACACCAGCCUCUGGAAUACGAUCAAGGAAAUCUACGCUUCUAGCUCUUGGCAUGUUGACAACAAACUUGUAACUUGAUAGUUAUAUUUCAUUGAUAGUACCUUUAAAAACAAUUAACUAACAAUAUGUUGUUCCUUGUUGGCAAUAAAUAUCAAUUAAUAAUCAUAUCAAUGAUUAAGAUUCGUGCCUUUUGAGUCAAUACGAGAUCCACAUGCUGUGAAGAAGCAUAAUUUAUUCAGCGAUAAAAAAAAUACUCGCAUUUGAUUUGGCUAAUGAGAAGUUAUAGAUUUUAGAUGAACAUAUCAAAAGAAAUCUAUUUAGGAUUUAUUCGUUUGUUUCAUUUUCUACUUGUUCUUGUCACAGCAUUAAUUACUGAUUCUUCAUUGGAGAAAACAGGAAAAUACUGGACCUAUAAAAUGUAGGCCUAUUAAACAAAAUGAUAGGAUACAAUAUUCUGAAUAUUCUAAAUUUGCUAUUUUGAUGAUACAUAUGAAAAUUUUCCUACCUCCUCAUCACGCUUAAGUGGACAAGACUGUAUUAACAAGACGCAGGCCAUUGUGCUAACCGUACGUCUUGGGACCUGGGAAUGCUUUUGGUCCAUUCGAUGCUUGUAUAUGUGUCGAUAUUUGACUGAGCAAACUUCGCGCCCAGUCUGACUUAUUCAACCAAAGUUUAAAAUGUGAACAGUUGAAUAAAGUUUUUUGGCCAUUGAUCAUAGAAACUGCUGACGAUUUGUACGAAAUGUCAAGAGUCUUUUUUUUUGUUCGCAUACUUUGUAUUUAUAUUUGAUGUCUCUGAUUGUAUGUUCUCCUAUAGAGUAUUUAUUGAUCACUUAAAGUGUAUGCCUUCAUUACUUUUAUAUUAUUGUAUUAAAUAAAACCAACAUUAAUAAA